AUGGGGUGCACCGUGAGUCAGUUAGAAGAUGACCUUUACUUGCUCCAAAAACAACACGACAACUCCCUCAACCAACAGAUCCUGUUGACGAGGGCCGGCGCCGCCAACCCGCAAUUUCGAAUGAUCCUCUUGGGCCCGGGGGAACUGGGUAAGUCCACCGUGUUGAAGCAGAUGGAGUUGUUACACAAAGGCGGUUUUCCUGAGUCGAAAAGACGACAAUACGCUAAGGUGAUUUGGACGGAUGUCGUCCAACUGAUGAGACAGCUCAUCAUCAUGCUGCGGAAGUUGAAGAUCCCUCUUGACUGUGACCAGCCUGAUUCGCCGUUGCAACUUGCCAAACGGGUAGUGUUACGAGCUAACCCUCUGUCGAACGCCGAUGAGGCGAAAUUGAUGGCUAAGUUCAUCAUUGGCAGCACCGAUUGGUCGCGUCCUCAGCAAACAAACCCUUGGGAAACUACCAGUAGUGCUGAAGAAAAACUCUUGUGGGGAGCGUCUCUGGAGACGGCGACGGCGGCGUCAGCAGCUGAAGCCCCGCAAGACUCGCGGCAGGAUAUCGCCGAUGCCAUCGCUAAGUUGUGGACAGAGGAUCUGGGGAUCCGCAAGUGCUACGAACGGCUGAACGAGUUCCAGCUAUUGACGUCAGCCGAGUACUACUUCAAAGCCAUCGGCAAGUUCGUUGAUCCCAAUUACCUUUGCUCCGAUGAAGACAUUUUGAUGGGGAGAAUCAAGACCUCGGGGAUCACCGAGACCGACUUCAAUUUGAAGCUGUUCAACUUCAAAGUGUUGGAUGCUGGCGGUCAGCGGCUGGAACGUCGCAAAUGGCUCCAUUACUUUGAGAAUAUUACCUGCGUCCUCUAUGUGAUGGCGGUAUCUGAGUAUGACCAGAAAUUGCUUGAAGACGAAAACGUCAAUCGGAUGGAGGAACUGUUGCAUCUAUUUGAUACUUUAUGCAACUCGCAAUGGUUCCAAAACACUCCGUUUAUCAUCUUCCUCAACAAGGUCGAUCUUUUGGAGAAAAAAUUGUCGAAGCUGCCGGUGAAAAACUACUUUCCCGACUUUAACGGCCGGGCCAAUAACGUCGACGACGCCAUCGCCUAUUUUGAAAACCGGUUGAAGCUGCUCAACCACACCAACAAACAAUUAUACAUCCAUCGCACCUGUGCCACCGACACGCUGAGCAUGAAGUUUGUCAUCAACGCCGUCACCGACUUCAUGAUCCAGGACAGUUUACGCGAGCUGGGGCUUAUUUAG